AUGGCUAAGUUCGAUCGUAAAGCCGAUGAGAAACUGGUGUUUGAAACAAGCGAGGACGUGAAAGUUGUGCCCACGUUUGACUCAAUCGGAUUGAAAGAAGAUCUUCUGAGAGGAAUUUAUGCAUAUAAUUUUGAAAAACCUUCGGCCAUUCAGCAAAGAGCAAUCGUUCCAAUUAUGAAGGGUCGUGAUGUUAUUGCACAGGCACAAUCUGGAACUGGUAAAACGGCCACUUUCUCAAUUUCCAUUCUUCAAUGUAUAGACACCACUAUUAGGGAGACUCAGGCGCUUGUUUUGUCACCGACGAGAGAACUUGCGACCCAAAUACAAAGUGUCAUUUUGGCCCUUGGUGACUACAUGAAUGUUCAAUGUCAUGCUUGUAUUGGUGGGACUAGUAUCGGUGAAGAUAUCCGCAACCUAGAUCACGGUCAACAUGUUGUAUCUGGAACACCUGGUCGGGUCUUCGACAUGAUCCGUCGUCGUAAUUUGCGAACCCGUCAUAUAAAAAUGCUCGUGUUGGACGAAGCUGAUGAAUUACUCAACAAAGGUUUCAAAGAUCAAAUCUAUGAUGUGUAUCGUUACCUUCCCCCCAAUACGCAAGUUAUUCUUUUAAGCGCUACGCUACCUUACGAUGUUCUUGAAAUGACAACAAAAUUCAUGACCGAACCGAUUCGUAUAUUGGUUAAACGUGAUGAAUUAACUUUAGAAGGAAUUAAACAAUUCUUUGUCGCCGUGGAGAAAGAAGAAUGGAAAUUUGACACCCUCUGUGAUUUGUAUGAUACACUGACGAUUACACAAGCUGUCAUCUUUUGCAACACCCGUCGAAAGGUAGAUUGGUUGACGGAGAAAAUGCGAGAAGCAAAUUUCACGGUUUCAUCAAUGCACGGAGAUAUGCCACAAAAGGAGCGCGAUGCAAUUAUGCAAGAGUUUCGUCAGGGAUCAAGGUUUGAAAUUUUUUGA